AUGGGUAUGUCAUAUAUCCUACCAGACGAGCACGACGAGAAGUCGGCCAAGUCGCCUCUGGAUGGCCCUCCUCCCGCCUACGCUGCGCACUCGGUGUUGGAGGAGGACUAUGAGGGCAAACCGACCGAGGAGGAGCUCAAGACUCUGCGGCGAAUCCCCGGAAAGCUGCCUGUCGUCGCCUAUUUCGUUUGUGUCGUAGAGUUCUGCGAACGCGCUUCCUACUACGGUGUCCAGCCUUUGAUCAGCAACUAUGUCAAUCGACCUCUACCUCCUGGGGGUGACGGAUGGGGCGCCCCCCCGAGAGGGACCCAGCUGACGGGCGGCGCGCUGGGGAUGGGGACCGUCACCGCGAAUGCCGUCACCCAGUCCUUCAGUAUGCUGGCCUAUGCCUUGCCUCUUCUUUUUGGCUGGCUCUCCGACGCAAAGACCGGUCGUUUCAGCCUCAUAUGUUGGGGUGUCGGCGUUUUCGGUGUCGCCCACGUCCUGAUGGUCGCCGCCGGCUCUAGGGACCUGCUGGCUGCCGGCACGGCCAAGGUCCCAUACUUCCUCUCGGUCUACAUCCUAGCCAUCGGCUCUGCCAUGUUCAAGCCCAACGUCUCUCCCCUUCUUCUGGAUCAGGUGACGACGACCGUCCCCAAGACCGUCACGUUAGACAGCGGCGAAAAGGUCAUCCAGGAUCCCGAGUCGACGACGGAGCGCGUGAUGCUGUGGUUCUACCUCCUCAUCAACGUAGGCGGUUUCAUGGGAGUGGCUACGUCCUACUCGGAGAAGUAUGUGGGCUGGUGGCUCGCGUUCUUGAUCCCGCUUCUGCUCUACCUGCCUCUGCCUUUCCUCCUCUGGUUCCUCUACAAGCGGUUGAUCCUCUACCCGCCGGGUGGAAGCGACCUAGGGAACGUCUUCAAAGUCCUCGGCAUCUGCUUUCGACGUGGCGGCAUCAGGAGAAUCGGCCGCCACGGCUUCUGGGACCUCGCAAAGCCGUCGAACAUCGCCGCCGCCGGACUGAAUAUCAAGACGCAAUGGAAUGACGAGUUUGUCGAAGACGUUCGGCGGACCUUCCAGGCCACGGGAAUCUUCUGCUUCUUCCCGAUCCAAUACAUCAACGACAACGGUCUCGGCGCCGCCGCGAGUUUCUUGUCCACCAUGUUGACCACCAACGGCGUCCCCAACGACGUCAUCAAUAACUUCAACGCGCUCAGCAUCAUCGUGAUGGCCCCUAUCCUGAACUACGGCCUGUACCCGCUUCUGCGGAAGAUGAAUAUCCACUACGGCCCUGUCGCCCGUAUCACUACCGGUCUCGCCAUGUCGUCUCUCGGCGGUGCUGGCUACGCAAUCCUGAACUACUACGCUUACCAACAGUCGCCCUGCGGUAACUACGGCUCUUCCGACUGCCAGAUAGGUGACGGCGUGGCGCCCAUCAGCAUCUGGUGGAUGGCUAUCCCAUUUGCGGUCGGAGGUAUCUCGGAGCUGUUUGUCAACGUGCCAGCAUUCGGCAUCGCGUACUCCCGAGCCCCAGUCAACAUGCGUAGCGUCGUGUCGGCGAUCAACCUGUUCAACACCGCGGUCGCCUACGCCAUCGGCCUGGCUUGCUCGUCCGUCAUCACCGACCCGUACCUCACCUGGGAUUUCGGCGGCCCGGCCAUCGCCGGCGGCGUCUUAACCAUUAUCUUCUACUUUACCUUCCGCCACAUCGACAAGGAGGAAUUCGCCCUCAGCCAGAACAAGGACUAUCACCUCCAGAUGGAGGGCACCGUCAACGUCGUCGGCGAGAACGAGCUCAACCAUACGUCGAACCGUGCCGCCCCCAUCUCUCAGAACGAAGAGAUGAUGAUUUCGCAGAAGCAGUAA